AUGGGGCUUCAGACCCUCGCCACUCUGCUUCUCGCCUCAUCUGCAGCUGCCUUUGUCGCUCAGUCGCCAGACCCUACUCCCAAAUUCAUCACCAACCCUGCCACCGUCGCCGGCAAGAAAUUUGACUACAUUAUCGCCGGAGGUGGUCUGACCGGCCUGACAGUUGCCGCUCGUCUGACUGAGAAUCCCAAAAUCAGUGUCCUCGUCAUCGAAUCCGGCUUCUAUGAAUCCAACCGCAGCCCCAUCGUCGAGGAUGUCAACGCCUACGGCCAACCUUUCGGGAGUGAGAUCGACCAUGCCUAUGAGACUCUCAUGGAGAUCAACAACCGUACGGAGAUUGUCCAUUCCGGCCAUGGCUUGGGCGGUUCGACACUGAUUAACGGCGGUACUUGGACCCGGCCUCACAAAGCCCAGAUCGACUCCUGGGAAUCCGUCUUUGGUAAUACGGGAUGGAGCUGGGAUGAGCUUGUGCCCUACAUGCAUAGGAUUGAGCGUGCGCGUGCUCCAAAUGAACGCCAGAUUGCGGCUGGUCACUACUUCGACCCCAGCUGCCAUGGAUUUAAUGGAACCGUGAAUGUUAAUACCCGUGAUACCGGCGAGGACUACACACCGAUGAUCAAAGCGCUCAUGGAUACUGUCUCUGAGUACGGUGUCCCCGUGAGAAGGGAUGUUGGCUGUGGCCAUCCUCAUGGUGUAUCUAUGUUUCCUAAUUCCAUCCACGAGAACCAAGUCCGAUCGGAUGCUGCUCGCGAAUGGCUGCUCCCCAACGCAAACCGUCCGAACCUGAAGGUUCUAACUGGCCAGAUGGUCGGCCGGGUCCUCAUGAACACGACCAUUGAUGGAAAGACUGCCGGCACCCCCCAGCCCAAGGCUGUGGGUGUUGAGUUUGGCACCAACCGCCAGGCCAAGUAUGAAGUCUAUGCCAACCGUGAGGUUCUCCUUGCUGCUGGCUCGCUUGUUUCGCCUCAGAUCCUUGAGUAUUCCGGUAUUGGUACCAAGUCUGCUUUGGAAAAGGUUGGCAUCAAGCAGGUUGUUGAUCUUCCCGUUGGCAUCAACCUGCAAGACCAAGCAACUACAAAUGUGCGGGCGAACAUUACUGCCGCGGGUGCCGGCCAGGGUCAGAUGAUUUACUUUGCCAGCUUCAAUGAGACUUUUGGUGACCACACCUCGGACGCACUGAAGCUCAUCAAUAACAACACUAAGCUGGAGCAGUGGGCCGAAGAGGCUGUUGCCCGUGGUGGCUUCCACAAUGUAUCUCUGCUGGUCAAGCAAUAUGAGAACCAGCGAAACUGGGUACUGAAUGAGGAAGUCCCCUUUGUCGAAAUGUUCAUCGACACCGCCGGUGUUAUGAGUUUUGACGCCUGGGUUCUCGAACCAUUCACCCGUGGCUCCGUGCAUAUUCUCGACUCCGAUCCCUACCUCCGCCGCUACAACUACGACACACAGUACUACCAGAACGAACUGGACCUGUUCGGUUCUGCAGCUGCUACGAAGCUUGCCCGUGAACUGCAAACCAAGGGCGAAAUGGAGCAGUAUUUCGCCGCCGAGGUAUUCCCAGGACACAACCGUCUUCCUGCCAGCGCCAGUGUCGAGGACUGGUCUGUGUGGAUACAGGACCACCUCCGUUCCAAUUACCACGGUGUCGGCACCUGUUCCAUGAUGAGCAAGGAGAUGGGCGGUGUUGUUGACCCCAGUGCACGUGUAUACGGUGUUGACGGUCUUCGUGUUAUCGAUGCCUCCAUUGUUCCCACCCAGGUUUCGUCUCACGUUAUGACGGUGUUUUACGGAAUGGCGGAGAAGAUUGCAGAGUUGUUGAUUGCCGAUUUCCAGGCUGGAAAGUAA